AUGGAGAAGAUCCAGAGAUAAUUAAACAAACAGUUUAGCAAAAGAUUUUGAGAGGGAGAAAAAGGCGAUCGAUUAGGGUUUUUUGUUUUCGUCUGAAUAUUGAAGAUGAUCGGAGUUAUGAACUCGGUGGAGGCUGUGAUAACGUCAAUCCAAGGUUUAUCGGCGAGUUCAGAGGAUUUAUCCGCACUUCACGAUCUUUUGAGAGGAGCUCAAGACUCGCUCCGAGCCGAACCAGAUGUUAAUUUCUCUACUCUUGACCAGCUCGACGCCUCCAAGCACUCUCUCGGUUACCUGUACUUCCUUGAGGUUCUUACUUGUGGUCCAGUUUCCAAGGAGAAAGCUUCUUAUGAGAUUCCGAUAAUUUCACGGUUCAUCAACUCUUGUGAUGCUGGGCAGAUUCGUUUGGCGAGCGAUAAAUUUGUAUCUCUUUGUAAGAGAUUGAAAGACCAUGUUUUAGAAAUGAGAGAUCCCUUGCGAGGGGUAGGGCCUCUGUUGACUGCUGUUCAGAAGCUUCAGGUCUCCACCAAACGUUUGACUGCUUUGCAUCCAGAUCUUCUUCAACUCUGUUUGCAGGCGAAAUCGUACAAAUCUGGUUUCUCCAUUCUUAGUGAUGAUAUCGUGGAGGUUGACCAGCCAAAGGACUUAUUUCUCUAUUGCUAUUAUGGGGGAAUGAUAUGUAUUGGACUGAAGAGAUUUCAGAAAGCAUUAGAGCUUCUUUACAAUGUUGUGACUGCUCCUAUGCAUCAAGUCAAUGCCAUAGCCCUUGAGGCGUACAAAAAGUACAUAUUGGUGUCUCUCAUUCACAAUGGGCAGUUUACUAAUAGUCUCCCCAAGUGUGCUUCUACAGCAGCUCAGAGGAACUUCAAGACCUUUUCCGGACCUUACAUUGAACUGGGUAAUUGUUACAACGACGGAAAGAUUGGUGAACUUGAGGCAUUGGUUGUGGCCAAGAGCGCAGAGUUUGAAAAUGAUAAGAACCUUGGAUUAGUUAAGCAAGCAGUGUCAUCUCUUUACAAGCGUAACAUUCUGAGAUUGACACAGAAGUACUUGACCCUGUCGCUUCAAGAUAUAGCCAACAUGGUCCAACUUGGUAAUGCUAAGGAGGCGGAAAUGCAUGUGCUACAGAUGAUCCAGGAUGGUCAGAUACAUGCGCUUAUCAACCAGAAAGACGGAAUGGUCAGAUUUUUGGAGGACCCUGAGCAGUACAAAUCUAGUGAGAUGAUCGAGGUCAUGGAUUCUGUUAUACAAAGGACUAUUGGGCUGUCGAAGAAUCUCUUAGCCAUGGAUGAGAGCUUAUCAUGUGACCCUUUAUACUUGGGAAAGGUUGGAAGGGAAAGACAAAGGUAUGACUUUGGAGACGAUUUUGAUACUGUCCCCCAGAAGUUCUCCAUGGUUUCGUCACUUCCUCGGUGGAGGAACACUAAAUUGAUCUCUUCAUCGCGAUCAGUUCCUCUAAGAAGCUUGUGUGUUUCGGCUUCGAGCUCAGAUACUUUAGUCGCGGGCGGUUCACCAAAGGAAGACGAAAGGCAGAGCAAAGUAUCGAGCAAGAAGGAAGGAGAUGACUCCGAGGAUUUGAAGUUUUGGAUGGAUAAGAAUGGUUUGCCACCUUGCAAGGUUAUUCUGAAGGAGAGACCAGCUCAUGAUCAGAAGCAUAAACCCAUACAUUACGUUGCUGCUAGUGAGGAUCUUCAGAAGGGUGAUGUGGCGUUUUCAGUUCCUGAUUCUCUGGUGGUCACUUUGGAAAGAGUUUUGGGAAACGAGACUAUUGCCGAACUGUUGACGACGAACAAAUUGUCUGAAUUGGCUUGCCUAGCUUUGUAUUUGAUGUAUGAGAAGAAACAAGGGAAGAAAUCAGUUUGGUAUCCCUAUAUAAGAGAACUUGAUCGUCAAAGAGGAAGAGGUCAAUUAGAUGCGGAAUCCCCGUUGCUGUGGUCAGAGGCUGAGUUAGAUUACCUAACUGGUAGUCCGACCAAGGCCGAAGUUCUUGAGAGGGCUGAAGGGAUCAAAAGAGAAUACAAUGAGCUUGACACUGUCUGGUUUAUGGCUGGAUCUUUGUUUCAGCAAUACCCAUUUGACAUACCAACUGAAGCUUUUUCAUUUGAGAUUUUCAAACAGGCAUUUGUUGCCAUUCAGUCCUGUGUGGUGCAUUUACAAAAUGUUGGUUUGGCUCGUCGUUUUGCUUUGGUUCCUCUUGGUCCUCCCUUGUUAGCCUAUUGUUCCAACUGCAAGGCAAUGCUUACUGCUGUUGAUGGUGCUGUUGAGCUCGUGGUAGAUAGGCCAUAUAAGGCUGGGGAUCCUAUAGUUGUCUGGUGUGGGCCACAACCUAAUGCGAAAUUGCUUCUGAACUAUGGAUUCGUUGAUGAAGAUAACCCUUAUGAUAGAAUAAUAGUUGAGGCAGCAUUGAACACUGAGGAUCCUCAAUAUCAGGACAAGAGAAUGGUUGCUCAAAGGAACGGAAAAUUAUCCCAACAAGUUUUUCAGGUUCGUGUGGGAAAAGAAAGAGAAGCUGUCCAAGACAUGCUUCCCUACCUGCGGUUGGGUUACAUGUCUGAUCCUUCUGAAAUGCAAUCAGUAAUUUCGUCCCAAGGUCCAGUUUGUCCGAUGAGCCCCUGUAUGGAAAGAGCAGUACUAGAUCAGCUUGCUAAUUACUUCAUGAGACGGUUAUCUGGCUACCCUACUACGCCAAAAGAAGAUGAUGCAUUGUUGGCAGAUCCUAGUUUGAGUCCUAGGAAGCGAGUGGCAACCCGGCUUGUCCAAUUGGAGAAGAAAAUACUAGCUGCAUGCCUUACGGCAACAGUCGAUUUGUUAAAUCAGUUACCUGAUACAGCCAUCUCUCCAUGCCCAGCACCAUAUGCUCCUUCCUUGAAAUAAAAAGGUUCGUGUUGUAGCUGCAAUUUGUAGGACAUGGCAGGAGUAAUUUUUGGUCGUGUCCUUGAUCAUUACAAUCGGUCGCUUAACUAUGGUCAGUUUUGUGUGUACAAGUCUAGAUCUGAUCCUUUGCGGCUCAAAAACAUGACACUAGGAAGUUUCCCAAUUAAUUUUGAUUUGUAAG